AUGCCGACGUGCCGGUGAGCAGCGACGGGGAGAGCGGUAGAGCCCAUCCACGCUCGCGGCCCUCCCCGCAGGGGCUAGAGGAGGCCAGGACCCGGCUUGGCGUCUCUGAGCAGGAUCCGGACGAGCCUGAGCUGAGCAUGCCAGAGCCAGCGCCGCUCGGCGUGGACAAGAAAGCGGCGGAGAAGAAGCGGGUGGAGAAGGUGGGAGCCAAAGGCAGCGCUACCGGGCCUCCAGUCCCCAAGAGCCUCCCUGUACAGAGCAAGGUGGAGCCCCCCAGCCUGGACCCCGCGGAGGAGCCGCUCCUCUGGGAAGGGCUCACCCUCAACAAGUGCAUCGUGGUGGCCUCCGUCGUCGCCCUGCUCAGUGUCACCUUCCAGGUGCUCCAAGAGGUGGUCAGUGCCAAGGAGGAGGAGGUCCAAGAGGUGGUGACUGCCCCGCCUGCCCAGCCGGAGAGCAGCGUGUUGCAGGAGGAUGAUGGUGACGACGAUGAUGAUGAUGAUGACGACAGCGAAGCUGACAGCAACCUGGCGGAGCGGAGCAGCCGGAGGGAGGCACGAGCCAAGGACAGGGCGCUGGGGGACAAGCCCAGCAGAGCCCCCAGGGCCCCCCGGGAGCCGGAGCAGCAGCCCCAGAAGAAGCGGGGCCGGGAGGGGAAGGAGAGCCGGCGGGAGCGGGACGAGCCCAGGAAGGAGGGGUGGAAGGGCCGUCCCGGCAGGGCUGACGGUGGUGGGGAGAGCCCGAAGCGGGACUGGCGGCAGCAGAAGGGCAGGAAGCCCUGGGAGCCGGCGGCCCCCCCGGGGAAGGACGACACUGCCAGGCCCAGGGAGGGCAAGAGGCGCGACUGA